UAGAUUUUACCGCUCAUAUUAUUAUUAUUUUAUCUUAUUUAUUAUACCUACAUAUUGUUUUUAUGUAAUUUUACAAACUUUUUUCAUACAAUUAUUAAAUAGUUUUCAAUUAAAUGAAUCGUUAAACCAAUGAAUCACUCGCUCUAUGAAAACCUGGACAUGGCUGCAGAAUGCGGACCAUGACUUUACUGCUCUGUUUUAUUAGACUGCGAAUGUUCCUGACAUCAUUGCUGAAUGGGACACCGAUUCGGACUCUGAAACUAUUAUAUUAAGCGAUUUGCAGAUUGAAAGUUCUACUUUUAUCAGUUCCGACUUAGACUUUCAACACCAAGAUCUAAAUAUGAACGGUGAUGAUAAUUAUGAUCAAAGUGCUACAGAUACUAGUAACAGUGACAGUGAAUCUGAAGAUGACGUUGUCCAGGGAACAAUAGACAGAUGCUGUGUCUCUAACCCUUGGAAUCAUUCUGUAAAAAAUAAACAUAUAGUUGUAACAUAUACCAAUAUUGAAAACGAUGAACUUGAAGUGAUACAAGAGUUGGUAGAUACGUUUAAACUAAAUGCACACGUAGGUUGGAGUGAUAGUGUUACACAUUUAAUUGUGAAAAUUCUUCCAAAUGGUAAAUGUGUUCGAACUAGAAAAAUUAUGAACGCGCUAUUAUUAAACUGCUUUAUUGUUAGUUUGGAGUGGGCCAAAGACUGUAUAACUUCUAAGACAUUAUUGCCAGAGGUAGAUUAUAUACCACCUGAUUAUUCUGGCGAACCAUCCCCAUUAGUGUCUUGGCGUGUGGGACGAGGAAUAAUUGAUUCACCGAUGGAAUGGACUAGAAAUUGCAUUUUAUAUCUUCAUAGUUCUAUUGAAUUCAAUGAGUCAUAUAUGGACAUAAAAUUAUGGGCUCAAAGAGCUGGUUUUGUGUUGACUAAUGAUUUGGGAGAGUUCAAUGAUGACUACAAAUUGCGAAUUAUAUUGGCUGAUAAAAAUAGUACAACUAAUGAUGUUCGAGCUAAAUUACCCAACAAAACAGAAAUUACAAGUUGGAUAUGUGAUUAUAAAGCUGUUACAUUAUUCUUGGAUUGGUUUCUUGAGUGUUUGUUUCAAUACAAAUUUGUUGAAAUUAGUCGAGAUUACCAAAUUAUGAAACUAAAUUCAAACAUGGUAGAAUUUACCAAUAUGGAAGAAUCUCUGUUUGAAUUUGAAAUUUGUUGAAUAAUACAUUUUUUCAUGUGUAAAUUAAAUAUUUGAUUAUUAAGAUAUUUUUGGAUUAUUAUGAACCAUGUACCCAUGAAACAAAUAUUUUUAUUUUUAUGUUAAGUUAAGUUUAUUAUUAUGUAAUUUAUUUUGUUAAAUUUGUGUUACUUCUUGGUUUCAUGCCAUUUGACUACAGUGUUUUUUUUUUAUUAAUUUUUUAUAUAAUUAGUGUU